AUGUCUGGUGAAGCACUAUCGCGACCACCGUUGGAUGCUGGCAUAGCAGAAAUCCUUUCCAAAUUACCACCAAUGCAUUUCCCAACGAAUUCGGAUGAAAUAUCUCAAUUUCACGAAGCUGUUUUGGAGAGUCUUGCCCCGGCUACCGAUGCAAUUCUCUCAGAUCCGAAUAUCCAAAUUGAAUCGUCGCAAAUAAAUGGUCCCCGUGGCGAUAUCCCUUUGGUUAUCUUACGACCAAAGUCCGCAAUAUCAUCCUCUGACCUUUGCCCUGGCAUACUCUUCCUCCAUGGUGGUGCUAUGAUAAGUGGAAACCCUUUCAAUGGGUUAAACAUUGUUAGCGAUAUGAUUACAGAACUUAAUGCAGUCGUCAUAAGUGUUGAUUAUCGUCUUGCCCCUUAG